GAAAAACCUGUUUUUAUGUGUCAGUUAUUACUGGCGACACUUCCGCAGUUUCGCGCGUCUGUAGUCUAUGCAUGGGAGUGAUCUGGGGAAAGCGAGAAGAGGAGGUUUGAUCUGUUCAGCGGUGCCCAGUGGGAGGAGUCAUGACUGAGAGGGAGGGGCACUUCUAUAGUGUGCAGGUGGGUGACUCCACCUUCACCGUGCUCACAAGGUACCAGCAGCUCCGUGCCAUUGGUUCUGGAGCCCAGGGCAUUGUCUGUUCGGCUCUGGACACCGUUUUGGGAAUCCCCGUAGCAGUGAAGAAACUGAGUCGACCCUUUCAGAACCAGACUCACGCCAAGCGGGCCUACAGAGAACUGGUGCUGCUCAAAUGCGUCAACCACAAAAAUAUUAUUAGGUUGCUCAAUGUCUUCACACCACAGAAGUCGUUGGAAGAGUUCCAGGAUUUGUACCUGGUGAUGGAGUUGAUGGAUGCCAGCCUUUGUCAAGUGAUCCACAUGGACCUGGACCAUGAGAGAAUGUCCUACCUGCUCUACCAGAUCCUGUGUGGCAUCCGACACCUGCAUUCAGCUGGCAUCAUCCACAGGGAUCUGAAGCCCAGUAACAUAGUGGUGAAGUCCGACUGCACUUUAAAGAUCCUGGACUUUGGGCUGGCCAGGACUGCAUGCACAAACUUCAUGAUGACUCCGUAUGUGGUGACCAGAUAUUACCGAGCCCCUGAGGUUAUCCUGGGCAUGAAGUACAAAGAGAACGUGGAUAUCUGGUCUGUGGGCUGUAUCAUGGGAGAAAUGGUCAAAGGAAGCGUCAUAUUCCAGGGCACAGAUCAUAUUGACCAGUGGAACAAGGUCAUAGAGAUUUUGGGCACACCCUCUCUGGAGUUCAUGAACCGUUUGAUGGAGACAGUAAGGAACUACGUAAUGAACAAGCCUCAGUUCCCAGGUGUGAGCUUCAGCGAGCUCUUCCCAGACUGGGCCUUCCCAAACGAAACCGAACACGACAAACUUAAGACCAGUCAAGCUCGGGACCUGCUCUCCAAGAUGCUAGUGAUUGAUCCUGAGAGUCGUAUCUCAGUCCAGGAGGCUCUGAACCACCCCUACAUUCACGUGUGGUACGAUCCAGCUGAGGCUGACGCGCCUGCCCCACAGAUAUCAGACAAGCAGUUGGAAGAGAGGGAGCACAGCAUUGAACAGUGGAAAGAGCUGAUCUAUAAAGAAGUGAUGGACUGGGAGGAGAGGAACAAAAAUGGAGUGCUAAAGGAGGAGUGUGUCUUCGACGGAGUGGCAAACAGCAGUGCCACACCCUCCCAGUCCUCCUCCAUAAACGACAUCUCAUCCAUGUCCACUGAGCAGACACUGGCUUCUGACACUGACAGCAGCUGCGUAGAUACCCUGACUGCAUCACUAGAGGAGUGAUCAUGAACCUCCUACACCCCGUCUCUCUCUCUCUUUUUCCCUCUCUUUCUGUGUCAUCAUAUCACUCCCAUUUUUUCUAUCUGUCCCAACCGUGCUGCGGUCUUUGCCCAAAGGAUUGCGGGUUGUGGGUUUUUCUUUUUUCUCAUCCUUUAAAGGGACUUUUAAAUUGCUGGUUAUUGUUUUUUGUUUUUUUUUCCCCCUGUGUAAACUCACAUCAGCAGUUUAA